GCUCGCUGGCUGGCUUCGGGCGCUCGCGAGAAGCUUUUGCUGUGCAGCGCAGGCCGAGGCCGAGGGAGGGACGGAGAGAGAGAGACAGAGAGAGAGAAAGGCGAGAGAGGAGUGAGCUUCAGAAGACAGUGGCCCGAGAGAGAGAGAGAGAGGGAGAGAGAGAGAGUGACUGGGAGCGAUCGUCGUCGUCGAGGAUCUGGAAGGAAAGUGCGUUUACGAGGAGCGCAGGGAGAGCGCGGAGAGCUUGCUCGUAGAAGAAGCGGAGGAGGCGGGCAAGCCGCGAAGAGGAGGACGAGGUCGAGCGAGCGAGAGAGGGCGCUGCUGCUGCUAGGUCGCGCGGGUGGGCGGUCGCUCGACGUUUGAUCGAGGCGGAGGAGGAGGCGGAGGGAGGAAGCAGCGUAACGGCAAGAUGAGCGUGGUAGGUUUGGAUGUAGGCAAUGAGAACUGCAUUGUGGGAGUUGCGCGGCAACGGGGAAUCGACGUGGUGCUCAAUGACGAGAGCAAGCGCGAGACUCCGGCCAUGGUGUCGUUCGGCGAGAAGCAGAGGUUCAUCGGAACCGCUGCGGCGGCAUCCGCAACGAUGAACCCCAAGAAUACGCUUAGUCAGAUCAAGCGGCUGAUUGGGCGGAAAUUUCAGGAUCCCGAAGUGCAGAGAGACUUGCAUCUUUUCCCAUUCAGUGUCACCGAGAGUUCAGAUGGCGGCAUAUCGAUUAACGUGAUGUACCUGAAUGAGCCCAGAUCGUUCACUCCCACUCAGAUUCUCGCCAUGGUGCUGUCCAAUUUGAAGGUCAUCGCCGAAAAGAACCUCGGAACCUCGGUCGUCGACUGUGUAAUUGGUAUUCCCGUCUUCUUCACCGAGCUUCAAAGGCGCGCGUACCUCGACGCAGCUACGAUUGCUGGGCUCCACCCUCUAAGACUCAUGCAUGAGACCACGGCCACCGCUCUCGCGUACGGUAUUUACAAGACUGACCUACCGGACACGGAUCCAGUCAACGUCGUGUUUGUGGACGUAGGGCAUGCCAGCAUGCAAGUCUGCGUUGCUGCCUUCAAGAAGGGUCAGCUCAAGAUUCUGGCCCAUUCCUUUGAUCGCUGCCUGGGUGGACGGGACUUCGAUGAGGUCCUCUUCAACCACUUCGCUGAAAAGUUCAAGGACGAGUACAAGAUCGAUGUGAAGUCGAAUGCCCGAGCGUGUCUCAGGCUUCGUGCCGGUUGUGAGAAGUUGAAGAAAAUGCUCAGCGCGAACGCUGAGGCUCCGCUCAACAUUGAGUGCCUAAUGGACGAGAAAGACGUUAGAGGAUUCAUGAAGAGGGAUGAGUUCGAGGUGCUGUCUGCUUCAAUUCUGGAACGGGUCAGGGGACCUUGCGAGAGAGCGCUGGCCGAAUCUAAAUUGACUGUUGACAAGAUCAGUGCAGUAGAAGUUGUAGGAUCUGGCUCUCGUGUACCGGCCGUCAUGAAAAUCUUAGCGGCUGUCUUCGGUAAGGAGCCCGGUCGUACGUUGAACGCCAGUGAAUGUAUUGCACGUGGAUGCGCUCUACAGUGCGCUAUGUUGAGUCCUACUUUCAGAGUUCGUGAGUUUGAGGUUCAAGACAGCUUCCCCUUUCCGAUCGCUCUUUCAUGGAAAGGCUCAGCCCCGGAGUCAGACACAGGGGAUGAAACUUCGUCCAACAGUAUCGUGUUUGUGAAGGGCAAUCCUGUCCCAUGUACGAAAAUGCUUACCUUUUUCAGAUCGGGAACAUUCACAAUUGAUGCGUUGUACGCGGACACGACCGAGUUGCCUGCCGGUACUAAUCCAAAGAUCAGCACGUUCCAGAUUGGUCCUUUCAGCCCGUCCAAACCGAAUGAGAAGGGGAAAUUGAAAGUCAAGAUCCGCUUGAAUUUGCACGGAAUCGUGUCGGUGGAAUCCAGCACUCUCAUUGAGGAAGAGGAAGUAGAUGCACCUAAGGUGAAGGAAGCUACUCAAGAGGUAAAGGAAAUCAAUAUGGAAACUGAUGGAGAGAAGCCUGCUGACGCGAAGAUGGACGAUGCGGACAAUCAGCAAACUGACGGUACAGGCGCGGAGAAUGGUGCUGCAGCUGAUGAGAAGCCCUCUAAGAUGGAGACCGAACCAAAGCAAGAAGUAGCUAAGAAGAAGAAGACCAAGAGGACUGAGGUACCUGUGCACGAGAUGGUACCUGGAGGCCUUUUAAGUCCUGACCUCCAAAAGGCUCAGGAGAAAGAGUUUGAAAUGGCACUGCAAGAUCGUGUAAUGGAGGAAACGAAAGACAAGAAGAAUGCUGUCGAAGCAUAUGUGUAUGACAUGAGGAACAAGCUUUCCGAGAAAUUAGCCGAGUACGUCACCGAACAUGAACGCGAGGAGCUGUCUGCAAAGUUACAGCAGACAGAGGAUUGGCUCUAUGAAGACGGUGAAGACGAGAUCAAAAGCGUCUACGUAGCUAAGCUCGCUGAACUCAAAAAGCUUGGAGACCCUAUUGUAGAAAGGCAGAAAGAAGUAGAGGCCAGAGUUCCAGCUAUGAUGGAACUGAUGGAUCGUGUUAACAACCUCCGUAACGCCGCCCAGUCUAAAGAAGCCAAGUAUGACCAUAUUGCCCCGGAAGAUAAGGCCAAGGUUCUCACCGAGUGCGCAAAGGCUGAAGACUGGUUGAAGGAGAAAAAGCAAUUGCAAGACGCUCUACCGAAGGCUUCGAAUCCUGUCUUGUUGUCUGCCGACAUUAAAAAGAAAACUGAAGUUUUGGACCGGUUCUGUAAACCAAUCAUGACGAAGCCGAGGCCUCCUCCACCAAAGGCUGCUCCCCCUCAACCUGAAUCUAAACCAGCUGAGUCCAAGGAUGGCGCAUCGAACGGGUUCUCAUCUUCAGGGAAUGAUGCACCACCAUCUGAACCUAUGGAUACCGACAAUGGCGCACCUGGUCCCGAACCAGACACGAUGCAGACAGAAUGAGGGAUCCUUAGUUGUAGCCGGGAGACGUAUUUCUUGAGGAAUUCAUCCACGCAGACCACAGCUAGCUUGGGUGGGGGAAGUUGAGAUCUGAUUUUGGGCAUCACUAAGGAGUCACAGGUCUUACCCCUUUCACAACUCUUCUUUCUUGUUAUUAUCCAACUACUCCUCCCAUCCAUCUUCCUUCCCCUACUUUCUGGGCAUCAUCCUUAAAGGGGAAGAGACUGCUGCUCCACAGUCCAGUUCUGGUGUCACACCUAGAUUGCUGGACAGUGUAGCAGCCAUUUGUUUAGUAGUAGGAUAAAUGUUGCGGUGAGCUGCAGGUGCAAAUGUGAUAUUAUAUACAUUACGUUUGUCUACAGCUAUAGGCUGGCUGGAGUGCUUUAGUUGAAGAGCAAAGGAGUGCGUUAGUUGAAGGGCAAUCUCUCGCUCGUGAUUAUUUUACCCGUGCAGCGGGUGGGCCUGGUACCACGAUUGACCACAGUAAAAUGAGGAUGAUACAAUUGUUGUUCUAUGUAGGUAUUAGCUGACGAACAUUAAGUUGAAAAUAGAAAUUGAUACCAUUGGUGACC